CGCGUCUGCUUGACCCGCCCACCUCCUCAAGCAGCAAGCGGUGAAUGGUGAACGGACCGCGGCGCUUCGCCUAUGCCCUGACUGUACAGCACUGCUGCGAUUCACAAUCACGGAGUUUCUGUGAUUGCACGGGAGCCGAGAGAGCAGAGAGUUCACAACUGCCGGCUAACGAUGUCUUGCAUCCCAGCUGCUGGAAACACAUCUGCUACUGCCGCCGUGCUGAAGAACUGGACGAGGUGGUCUAUGUGACCUUUUCUCAUGGUCCACGCCACACGAUUCUCUCGUUCUGGACUCAGGAGCUGCAGCCUCGUAAUUCUGUACGAAGAUGCUGAGUCGAUUGAUAAGCGGAAGCAUGAGGACCCUGGAAAGAGAAUACAGUUGCACAGUGAGGUUGUUGGAUGAUACAGAAUACACCUGCACCAUUCAGCGGGAUGCAAAGGGACAUUACCUGUUUGACCUCAUCUGCCAUCACCUAAACCUGUUAGAGAAGGAUUACUUUGGAAUCAGAUUUGUGGAUCCUGACAAGCAGAGGCAUUGGUUGGAGUUUACAAAGUCAAUUGCCAAACAAAUGAAAUCUCAGCCACCGUUCACCAUGUGUUUCCGAGUCAAGUUCUACCCUCCCGAUCCGGCUACUCUGAAAGAAGAAAUAACCAGAUAUUUAGUCUUCCUGCAGAUCAAGCGAGAUUUAUACCACGGUCGCCUGCUGUGCAAGACUUCCGAUGCUGCGAUGCUAGCCGCCCAUAUCCUGCAAGCUGAAAUUGGGGACUAUGACCCUGGGAAGCACCCUGAGGGCUACAGCUCUAAGUUCCAGUUCUUCCCCAAACACUCUGAGAAGCUGGAGAGGAGGAUCACGGAGGUUCAUAAAACAGAACUGAGUGGGCAGACACCCGAUGCAUCAGAGUUCAACUUCCUCCAGAAAGCCCAGAUGCUGGAGACGUACGGCGUGGAUCCCCACCCCUGCAAGGACGUGUCGGGGAAUCCUGCUUUCCUGGCCUUCACUCCUUUUGGAUUUGUGGUGUUGCAGGGGAACAGAAGGAUUCAUUUUCUGAAGUGGAACGAAGUGACGAAGCUGAAGUUUGAAGGGAAAACAUUCCAUAUAUAUGCAAAUCAGAGGGAGGACAAAAAGAUAAUUUUAACUUACUUUGCACCGACACCUGAAGCCUGCAAGCACCUCUGGAAAUGCGGUGUGGAAAACCAGGCCUUUUACAAGCUGGAGAAGUCAAGUCAGGUGCGCACAGUGUCCAGCAGCAACCUGUUCUUUAAGGGAAGUCGGUUCCGAUUCAGCGGCAGAGUUGCAAAAGAAGUGAUGGAGCAAAGUGCAAAAAUCAAACGAGAGCCUCCUGAAAUACACAGGGCAGGGCUGGUGCCCAGUCGGAGCUGCCCCUCUAUCACUCACGGGCCCCGGCUCAGCAGCGUCCCCCGAACUCGCAGGAGAGCCGUGCACAUCUCAAUCAUGGAAGGUCUGGAAUCGCUGCGUGACAGCGCCCACUCCACCCCAGUGCGCUCUGCUUCGCACGGAGACUCCUUCAUGCCCCGCUCCCGGAGCCUCAUGACGGGCAGCAGCGAAGGGGCGGCUAUCAUCUCAGACGAGGUCUACAGCCCCUCGGACAGCGUGCUCCCCACGCCCGUGGCCGACCACAGCCUAGAGCUGGCCAUCUCGCGGCAAAUCAACGGCGCCCCCUGCAGCAUUGAGGAGGAGAAGGAGUCCGAGGCCGGCACCCCCAUAGUCGGGGAUGCGGUCGAGUUCGGACCCGACGGCAAAGCCCUGAGCUCGGAUAGUGCUGGCGGGGCAGGGGCGGGGUCUGUGGGCGAGGUGGAACAGGUGAAUACGUUUGUUUUAAGUGUCCUCCGUCUGCUCCUUGUGACCAUUGGACUCCUCUUUGUCUUGCUCCUUCUCCUCAUCGUUCUUACCGAGUCUGACCUUGACGUUGCAUUUUUACGUGAUAUUCGGCAGACCCCUGAGUUUGAGCAGUUCCAUUACGAAUACUUUUGUCCCCUCAGGCGAUGGUUUGCCUGCAGGUUCCGUGCCCUGGCCGGCCUGCUCAUUGGCACGUGAAGCAGGGCUCAGGGUUAAAGCAGCUACCCCCGAUCGGGAAUCAAGAAGAUAACACACUGCUGCCUGUUUCCACCACAGCGCAAUGGAGCGCAGCACCAUCAGAACAUGAAUCCAGCUUCUUUCAUGAUGCAACAAAGCCAACUCGCCAUGGAAGAGUCCAGGACAGAUUCCACAAAAAACAGUUAAAUUUUUUUGUUUUUAAAAGAGGAAAAAAAAAAGGAUUGACCGUUUUAUUUAUUUAUUUUU